CGACGACGUUCAUGACCCCACUGCAUAUUCAAUAUUCAACAUUGUAUUGCGCAUAAGGCUCUCCUUCUCCUGCACCGCUCAUUCCAUCGACAUCUUUCCUACUUUAUCUCCUCACUAUGGCUUUACUCGACGCGCGCACCAAUCCACCGCAUGCUGGUCUAGCACCCUUUGAAACCCUCGCAAAUCGUUCCAGUAGCCCACCACCUCCAUAUCAGAGUCGCGAGUCGACAGGCCCUGAACCAGACUACCAGUAUCUAUUUGGUCUUGUAGCUGGUUCGAACCAAGAUGAGCCACCCGAGCUGGAGAUCGACGAGGAUGAAUGGGAGGCCAGAGCCAUGGUUCUCGAGAGAUCUACCCCUCGCAAGCAAUUCAUGCAACAAGUCAAAAAAAUCCAUGAACAAAUAAUUAAACAGAGAACCAUCGAAACAAUCCGACGCCCAACCCAUCGAAUCGAUGACACGCAAGAUCUUAUCAUAAAUGCAGAAAACAUCGUAAGAGCACGUUGGGUUGAGCAGAAGAUAUGGAAGUCUAGUUGGGGUCCUGCUUGGCCACCAAGUGCAAGAAGUGGAUGGCGACAAGAUAUACUGCAUUCAAGGAAAGGUCCAUGGGUUCCCGAAAGAGCUCGCUGGGGUCACGAGGUCGAAUUAGACGGAGAAGACAAGCCCGAUAGGGAAGAGGUGGACAUAGACGCGUCUCGGCCACUAUAUCAGUUCAAGUUUCAGGUAGGUGCAGAACAGAAAUGGAUCCAAGACGAAGCGCUUUCUUUACGAGGGACGUCUCUUACUGCAAGCGACCUCGAACAAAAAGCCUACGAGACUAUUAAAGCAGAAUGGACUGAACUCGAGAUAUGGAACCCUGACUGGUCUGAGUACCCAGGUAUGUCCUGGAUGCAUGCAGAUCAGUUAGAUACCACAUGGGGGAUCAUACAACCACCUGUUCCCCUUGUCGAAACCUCCAGUGCAUCUACAACGAAGCAUCCGCCAACAACUGAGACUGAACCGACAACCAUAGAUCCAAACUCCAUCAGAGAUAGCGUUGACUCGGCUUCAGGCCCAAGUGAUGGAUCAGGUCACCCGAAAGUUGAUGCUGGCACUGAUAAAGUUCAGCCCGCGGCCGCCAGUAGAAGCGGACCACAGUCCAAAGCAGAGGGGAAGGGUAAAAGGGGGCCAAGAAAACGUUCCAGAGAAGGGGAACAUCUCCCAACCGUGGCACAGAUCAGCGAAUCGCGCAUUGAACAUGACCAAGAGAGCCGGAGCGAAAACGAUCGCGGCCUCAUACUCAAGAGUGUGCUGAUGUGAGGAGGACCAAACCAACACGUAAAAGACGGCGUAUCUAGUGACAUGCAUUGUCAGACUCCAACUGACUGGAAUCAACAUCACUUGGAGUUUCAACACGGGAACAAAUUUCAUUAGCAUGGUGUCGGCGGAUAUCACUACGUCGUAUCACGAUCUGUCGGCUAUUUCAAGCAACGUACAUGGGUCAAGCAGAUGGGAAGCGAAGAGCUCUCAGAUACCUUACGAGCUCCCUUGUAUUUACGGACUUUAGACUCAUGGUACCCGAUCCUAAAGUCUCUUGCAUUUCAUGCUCUAUAAACUCAGCUAGAUUAGGUUUACGUUCAGUCUAGAAGAGCCGUAUGGUUCGGGUUACAUAAUUCAGAGCCACACAACAAGCGUCGAAGGUGCAUAUGAGUAUAAUCUAUCUCGGUGUUUGAUUGUCUAGCAGUUA